AUGAAUUUACGGGGACUAGGGGACCCGCUCAACCCUAGAGCCGUUGCCCCGGCCACCCCGCCUGCCGAGCGCGAUACUGUUCGCUUUUUAUGCUCUCUCGACGAUGUCAACGUUCAAGAUACUAUUUGCCGGACCGUGCACUCUUUAGAGCGCUUAAAACCAAAUAAUGCCAUAUUACGAACGCUAGAGAUACAUUUGCAUAACUUUUACCAUUACAAAAGAGAUGAUAAUUCUCAGCGGAAAUUCAUAGAAGGGGUUCCUAUUUGGGUUAUUUAUUUACGCAACGUCGACUGA